AUGUGUUUAGAUGGUAAUAUAAUAAUAAAUAGAUUACUGUCAACAGAUCUUACAUAUGUACUUGAUACACUGAGUCAACUAUUGGAAAAUCCUAGUUAUGGGAUAUCGUCUCAACUCAAAAGUUACCUAUUAGCCUCUCCAUCAUGUAGUGAGAUAUUGAAUAUAUGGUCAAGGAAUAUAUAUGAAACUACCACUACGGUAAAGAAAAGUUGUUCAGAGGUUAUUAAUGGGACAAUGCAUGUAGAGACUUUGGAAAGAUUAGUUAUAAUUAGAGUCUUGACUAUAUUAUCAGUAAUUUUGGAAUACCCAAAACUCUCAAAUACCUCUCAUUUAGAUGAUGAAGGAAAUAAGUAUGCUUUUUUAUAUUCUCAGCGUCUAGCUUCAACUAUAAUUAAUCAGUAUUUGGUUUACAUAUAUCGCCAUUUAAGUUCGGCUUCAAGAAAGAUUAUUGGGUGCAGUUUUAGACUACUUUCAGCACUUGUAAAUACUAGUACAAAACAUGCUCAAGAUAUAUUGUCUGACUUUAACUUUGCUCUUCCACAUAUCCAGUCAAUAGAUAGCUUAUUUGAUAAAUUUACUGAGAAAAAAGUUUAUGAGAUAUCUAAGGCUCAAGAUGAUCAAGUAGAAAUUUUAGACAAUCACAUGAAUAUUAACAAGUAUAAUGAGGAUUUUUCAUUGGUAGACAGAAUGUUUAAUAUAAUAGAAGUUGAAAGAACUAAUCCAAGAAUAAGGAUCCAAUUUUUACGCUUUGUGCUAUCAUUUAUAAAGAUCUCCGUUUACAAGAAAAAACCAUCUGAAUGGAAUAAUAAUAUAAUAAUUGAUUUUAUGCAUAUUAAGAAUUUUGGGAAUAGAAUAUUUAAAAAUAUGAUUUUUUAUGAUAAAAUUGAAGAUAUUGGGGCUAUUUUCAUUGUUUUUUUUGAAACUGUGUUGAGAAAUUCAAGCAUUGCUACACACUUGAAAAGAUCAUUUCUAAAUAUGACAAUACUAAAUAAUAUCACCUAUACAAUGAUAAAUAUAUCAAAAAGUGUACCUGUUGAAAAACAGCUUGAAUUAGUUAUCAAUGAGGAACAAUUAAUAAUAGAUUCUGCAGAUGCAGACUUUAACAAGAUCUCAUAUUCAAGAUUAGAGAUAUUAAGAAUAAUAGGAAAUAUGACGGAAUUUAUAGCAUGUUUACAUGCUGAGAGAAGAUCAACUUCUCAAUUAAAUAAUUUAAUUAUUUUAUGGCUUCAAAAUAUAAAGCCGAUAACUAAUCCAAUUUUCUCGCAAUUAGUCGUCAGUGUUUUUCGAAGAUUAUCGGUUCUAGAUCAGAUACAGUACUUAAAAGAGCUUCAGGUUCCCUUCAACCUAGAGAAUUCAUUACGUUGGAUACUAACUUGUGGAUUUUUGUCUUACUUGCUGGUUCCACCAGAGGAUUUAGAGUUGAAAGAGAGUUUUUUGAACCACAACUUAUACAUUAAAGAUUUUAAUAGAUUAUCAGCCAUUAGUUCAAAAGAUGCUGAUGAACUUGAAAUACAUGUGAGUAAAUAUAUAAAGUCUAGGUUGUUUAGUGAUAUUAAGAAUGAAAAAGAUACUAAAAAUAAAGUUAACUUAACAUAUGAAGACAUAUGUACUUGGAUUUGUCCUCCUACUAUUCAGAAAGCUAUUUUAAACUUAGCAAUUUUAAAUACACCUGAAAAGGGUAAUAUCUUUAUUAAUAUAGCUUCUGCUUCACUUAUAAUGAUUAUUACAAGACGUUUAGGUUUAAUGAAUACUAUUAUUGAGACAUGUGAUAUUGGUAUAGAAAAUAGUGAAAAUAUAGAUACUUUCGAACAUUUACGUGAUACUAAAUUUCAGCUUAUUGAAGAUUUAAGAUACCAAAUAAAUUAUCAUUGUAUUCCAGAAAUGAAUACUAUGAUUAAUAUGCUUAGAAAUAUAGCUUCAGCUAAUGCUGAGAGUUAUGAAAGUGUCUUUAGUUGGUUCUUAAAAGGACUUAACCAAUACAAGAACCAGUUUACUCUUGCAAAUAAUGACACUAAUGAGGUGGAAGAUAUUGAUGAUGGUGUAUUCAUCAAUAUUAAAUAUGACAAAACAUAUUCCAGAGAUUUAAUGCAGGGAUCUAAGACAGAUUCACACAGAAAUUUAAACUCUGAAGAAUAUUCAGGGGCAGAACAAGAAAUUCACCUUUCAAUAUCUCAUUAUAUAUUAAGAGCAAUUCCAAAAAUGAAGUUACUUCGACAAAAUAAAGAACUGUGUAUUAUUGAUUUUUGUCCUCAUUGCAUUAAACUUAAAUGUAAUAGCUAUGAAUUACAUACUGACAUACCUAAGGUAUAUCUGGUGUAUGGUAUAAUGUUAAUUAUUGUUGAAUGCAUACACUCAAUAUUGCAUUCUGUUGGAAUAGAUCUUCUUUUAAGUACUGGAUGCCGUUUCGAUUGGACAAAGUUACUCACAGAUUCUAUGUUCACAUCAUUUUGGUUUAAUGACAUACUAAUUAAAUCCUUAGAGGACUCCCAAAUAAAUAUUUUGAUAAAUUCUUUGGUUGAUUUAAUACUGGACUGUUUUGGAGGAAAAUAUCAACUAAGAACAAAGGGAAAGUGGAGUAAACCUUUAAUGAACUUUUUGGAUUACUUAGUAAAUUUUGCUUUACUUGAAAAUAGGAAAGCAGCUCUUUCAGAUAUAAUUCCAAUUUUAAGGGCAAAACACCAGGCAAUAUAUCAAAUGUUUUAUUCAAUCUGGGUUGAGCUAUUAUAUCUCACAAAUGUCUUUGAUAUAGAUAUAUUUUUGUGGCUUUCUUGUCUAAAUAAUACAAAAGAUAAUACUAAAGGCAUUACAAAUCAAGUUUUGUAUAUAAAAUCGUUUAAAUUCGUAAAUUCAAUGUGCAGAUAUGCAAUGAAUAACCCUUUGGAGCUGAGGGGAUUGAUAAGCGGACUAACACAAUAUCAAUUAGAUAAUAAGAAAUACAGUCAUAUUGAGGAGUGUUCUACUAGUGAAAAUAAAAUCCUAGAUAUAGGAUUUUAUAGUAUCUGCUUAUAUUUAAGUAAUAAGAAGCGAGAAAAAAAAUAUCCAAUUUUUGAUAUUCCAAAUAAUUAUGCAAAAUGCAAUUUAAGUUGCUCUGAAUUUAAUUUUGCAAAAAGCUCAGAGAAAUUACUAAAUAAUGAGGAUGAAAAUAAAUAUCAUUCGAAUAAACUAGAUAAUACUAUAAUAAAUAGAUUCAUAAUUCCUUUAGUUAAACUGAUUAUUCAAAUAAAUGGAACAAAUGAAUUCCUUCAUUCUAAAUACAUAGCUGUUCUUAGUGAAUACGAUGAAUGGGAUAAUUAUGAAGAAGCUAGACUAAAAAUUCUAAAAAAGUAUCAAAAAGGCGGACAAUUGAUCAAAUACGAAUUUUUAAGAUACUAUAUAGAGGAUAUUUGUUCCAAUAUUAUACUAAAUUUCAGCAUUUUUUCAUAUGAAUCAUGUCUUUGUAUAAUAUACAAACUCCUGACUACUUUAACAUUAUACAAACCUGAAGAAGCCUGUUUAUCUAUUCAAGUUAUAUUAAAGACCUUUGCUAAUAUUAAAAGAAUUACUUAUAGCAGAGCCAAUCACAAUUGCUUAAAGCUUCAAAAAGAAGAUUAUAAUAGUGAUUUGUAUUAUCAAUUUAAUAUAAAGAAAGUAAUAGACAACAACCUUAAAUUGCAAGAUAUUAUAUUGGCAUGGAUUGAACAAUCAUGGGAUAUAGAUAUUUCAGAUGAGUUGAUAGGCUUUAUAGAUUUGGCCGAAUAUUUUGGAUUGGAUACUAAUGGAUUUAUAAAAAAGGUCUUUGAUUUAAAUUCAAAGAGUGUUGUGGAUCUGUUAGAGUUUAUAAGGGCUAGAUUAGGAUCAACUGCAGAAAGCUGUGAGAAUGGCGAGCAUAACUCCUCUCCUUUAUCUCCUCGUCUACUUAAUAUUUUAGAGACGAUUGUAGAUUUAAUACCAACUAAGAAGCUAAUUAAAUUAUUUCGAAAUAAUCUACAUAAUAUAACAAAUCAUGAACCUAACUAUAAUUACUCAAGUGGUUUGAAAACUUUCAAUGCUAGUAUUAUUUCCUAUUUACUAAAGAAGUGGUCACAAAUAAAGUUGAAGUAUCUCAAAAUUAUUGCUGAGAUAGUUUUAUUUAUGGAUACAGAAUUUGAAUUUGGAGAUAUAUCUGGUUACAGCAAUAGGAUAUGUAUAUAUUUUCCAUUGGAUUUGUUUGCUGUUAAUAUAGAGAAUAUUGAAUUGAGCUAUUUUAUUUUAACGGAGUUUCUACCACUAUUAUACAAGAAAUUUUACUCCUUUAGAUUAUCUGUAACAAGAUUUAUUUCUCUAUACCUGUCUUACUCUACAAAAUCUUGCAAUUUGUCUGAAAAUAUAAAUGAACUGAGCACCCCAAGUUAUAUGAAAGUUUAUUCCACGUCUCAGAAAGUACUUGAUAUGGAAAUAAAACAAAUAGUUUAUUCAAUUCCUUUGACACUAGGAAUUCUCUGUUUAAAUGAUAUUUGUUGGACAAGGAUUACUCCCUUAUUAGAGUAUGAUUUUCAAGAAGACUUUAUGGAUAAACUUGUUGAAGAAUUUAGUAAUUUAUUAGAAAGGUAUCCAAAAUUAGUUAGAGUUCUUGAUUGUUUAAUAAAUCAAGGAUAUACCCCAAAAUAUGUUCUGAGUCAUUAUAAUAUACAUGAGGAGAUUAGAGAUAAAAAACAAUUAUUAGAACUGACUCAAAACUUAGAACUUGAAAGUCGAAGAAAUUCAAUGGAUAACUUUAGACCAAUACAAAUAAUUAUUAAUUCAAGAAUUAUAUUUCGCUUUAUUUUUAAACUUGCUAUCAAAAGUAUUAAAAUUUUGGAUAAUGUACCUAUUAUAUCGGAGUAUAUAUGGAUAUCUAUUUUAAUAAACUUUGAGUCAAAUACUUGCAAAUUUGAGUUUUCAAAUACUAGUGAACUAAAAAAGUUGGUUGAAAUUCUAACCACUUGUUAUAAUUGCUUACUAACAAAUUUUAGCGAGCUAGUUCAAACAUCACUGAAGAUUAUAGAGCAACAAAAAGGGAGUUCUAUGGGGGAGUUAUUAAAUAAGAUUCCACUUAGCGAGCUGAUUCAUAAAUUUCUGAUACUAAUGCCUUGCGCCUUAUAUACUCAGAUAAACCCAAUACUUCCAAUAUUAUCUAAGCUCCUUAAUAGACAGUCUGAUAUGGAGGGAAUAACCUAUAUUUUAGGUAGCAAUAGCAACAGUAUUCUUAAGUUGUUUGCUAUCAUAAAGGAACAACAUACUUUAAAUAAUAUAAACGAAAAUGAAGGUUUUCAUAGCACAUCUAGUAUAUCAGCAAGAUAUCCAAUAAGUUUUAUAGAUGCAAGUAAAUAUUUUGUGAACUUUGCAAGGAUAUUAUUAGAUAAUUAUCAAGUAAGUGAUGAAGGUGAUCUAAAUGAAAUUUUGAUUUUCUUAGAACUACAAGUCAUACUUUCCUUUUUACUAUAUAUUUCAAAACUAUAUCAACUACAAGCAAUGGACUUUAGGUUUAAAGGCCUACCAGCUUUUAUUUUACUGAAAUUAAAUCGUAUUCAGAGUAUAGCUGAAAAGAUUUACAAAUUACAAUUUAAUUAUUUUAAUAAUAUAGAGAAUUCUGGAAUAUUUAGAAGUCGAUUUAACUCAAUGGUAGAUAUGCCUCGAGAGUUCUCUGAUGAUUGCAUGAUAUUUUUAUCUGGGUCAUUCAAUUUGUUUUUAUUUGUUGAACAUAUAUUGACUCUUCAAGAUAACUGUAUAAUAAAAAAUAAAAACUUCUUUGAACCCUUUCAGGAAUCUUCUAUUUUCAACUACUUAUCUAAGAUUGCAUCUUCAAGAUUUUCUGCAAAUAUGUUUUCCAGAUCUAGUACCAAUAACUCACUUUGGAGAAAUAUUCUUAUUUACUCUGCACUUUAUAGGGCUAGGGAUACUAAAAAAAGUGUUAUAAAGCCUUUAUCUAUGCCAAACUUUAACAAUUCUCAGCUAUUACAUGAUGAAUUAAGAGAAGAUAAUUGUAGCAUCGAAGUAAACAGUCCUUUAACCAAUGAAUGGUAUCAUUCGUAUAUUUCAAGUUUAAAAAAUUUUAUAGAUGAUAGGUCUAGUCUGCAAUAUUUUGAUUGGCUAAAUCCAAGUCAGGAAAGACUCAAAUGUACAUUGAAAUCAUUUCCUUAUAAUUCUAAGCUAUUUAACUUAUCUUUUCAACAAUCAAACAGUUAUUUAGAACUUGAUUUACUUCAAAAUAACUACCUUAUAUAUGAUAUUGGUUAUGUUGUUCCUGUAAUAGUAGCUCGAUUUAGAUUAGCCUAUUCUAUAAUAAGAGAGAGAAAUCUAAGAAAGGCUCGUGAAUUAAAUUUUAAAGUGCGAAUCAAUAAUUCUGUGGAAAGAAAUAAUUUAAGAGAAUUUAUUACUGUAGAUUUCGAUAAGGGAUAUCCGGCAAGUGAAACUUUAAAGUUUUCUAAAAGUGCUGGUUUUUUAGAAGAAAAAGAUUUUGAGAUUAUAAAUAAGAGUAUUUUUGGCAAUACAAUAGAUGAAGGCUUCCAAUGGCUGAAUGACUUUUGUCAAAAUGGAUCUUUACAAAUAUUGAUUUGUGCAACUUCUUGCACUGAUAAAUAUUUAAGGUUUAUUGCAUAUAAUGGGUUGUCAUUAGUAUUUGAACUUAUAGAGUUUACCUUUAACAAAGUUAAUGAAAGAAAGAACAGACUUAAAAUGAGGAUGGAGUUAGAAAAAGACUAUGUAGAUACUCAUGAGGAAAAUAAAAGGAAUGCUAGGGAUUUAGAUGAAGAGAAUUAUAUGGAUGUUUUGGAUAAGAAAAAGAGACGAAAACUUACAAAGGGACAUAAUUUGAUAAGAUAUGGGUUUAAGGAGCUACCUCAAAUACUUGCACUUUUAAAUGCUUUUAAGGGAACAGUUAGUGGUGCAGUUAAACCUGUAGAAGAGCAAGGUAUCAAAAAAUCUCGUGAAGAACCACAGUCACUAUCAUUGAAAAUUAAUAACCAUAUUCCCAUGGUGAGGAUGUCUUCAUUUGUUACAUCAUUUCUAUCAAUGAGCAUUGAUGUUAUUUUUCUUCCAGAAUCUAGCAUGUAUAAAUUAGUAAACUAUUUUCUGCUAUCCCGUAGUUAUAUAGAUAGAUUUGACAUCCCUCUAUUUUUCAGUUUAUUUUAUCCUGAAUCCUUGGAAGAAUCGAAGACCUUUAAGAAAUUUAUAUUUGAUGUCUUAAAGUGUGGUUGUAGCAUAUUUAAAUAUCUUGAAAUAGCUAAAUAUAGCUUAAUUCAGCAAUUUGAUGGUGAAAGUGAACAGGAACAAGAUGCAUUAAAUCGCAGAUUUGUAAUCCCUCUAAUUAUAACCAGCAUUAAAUGCCUUAAUCAAUAUUCAUAUAAUGAUUAUAUUUUUACUUUAAGCAAUAUUUUGGAUAUUUUAAUUGAGCUUUCUGAUUCAGGAAUUUUUUCUAAAUGUGAAGUAGAUAUUGUUGAUAUGCCAACUUUUCUUAUAUCAUUUUGUGUUCCCGACACUUUUAGAUCCAAUUCAAAUGAAGAUGUACAAAGUUCAAAUUAUAAAUGGAAUUAUGCACAUUCUAUAGUAAUACAAAUGGUUAACCAAUACUCAAUUUUUGAUUUGAUUACACAUAUAUCAGAAAAAUUCGAGAAUUCACCGAAUUCUAAGGUUCAACAAGCAAUUAUCUCUAAGCUAGUUGAUUUGGUCUGGAAUAUUUGUCUAUCUGGAUUUAUAAACAGUGACUAUAUUUCUAAUAAAUUGAACCUGUGGACUCUGCAUCUCAAAUAUAAUUCAGAAUACAACCAACACUUACUACGCUUUCUUGGAGGCUAUCAUAACGUAUAUUGCACCUUCUACAAAGUAUUUGAGUGUAUAAAAUCAUUAAAAUUUCAUAAGCACAGACUAUCAGCAAAUUCUAUAAAUAAACUUUUACAGUGUUGGAAUCUCAGUUUGUAUGCUCUAAUUUAUACUUUAAAUAAUUUGUUUGAUGUAGAAAAUAUCGGCAUUUUUGAGACCUUGAUAAGUGAUUUCCAAUCGUUAUAUACUGAUUUUGUGAAGUGA